GCGCGCGGCACGUGGCCCCGCCGCCAACAUGGCCGCGCCCACCCGGCUGUGCCGCUGCCUCUUCCCGCUGCUGCUGGCAAUGGGAACGGGGAUGGGGAUGGCGGCGGCCGCCGGGACACCGGGCAGCGGGAACUGCGGCUGCAGCGCCGGCCGGGCCGCCGGGGACGGGCGGGAGGCGGCGGCGCGGCGCUACUCGGCGGCGGCGGCGGGCAGCGGGCGGAGCGGCGGGCGCGGGCCGAUGGUGGAGAUUCCAGGAGGGGUGUUCACCAUGGGCACCCAGGAGCCCAAAAUCCAGCAGGAUGGAGAGGGCCCUGCCCGGAGAGUGCACAUUGACACCUUCUACAUGGACCAGUACGAGGUCAGCAACCAGGACUUUGAGAGAUUCGUGAAUUCCACGGGUUACAUCACUGAGGCAGAGAAGUUUGGUGACUCCUUUGUGUUUGAGGGGAUGCUGAGUGAAGCAGUGAAGGCUGACAUCCACCAAGCAGUGGCAGCUGCUCCCUGGUGGCUGCCUGUGAAAGGAGCCAGCUGGAGGCACCCUGAGGGCCCUGACUCCAGCAUCUCCAGCAGGAUGGACCAUCCAGUCCUUCAUGUGUCCUGGAAUGAUGCCCUGGCCUUCUGCAGGUGGGCAGGGAAGCGCUUGCCCACCGAGGCUGAGUGGGAGUACAGCUGUCGAGGGGGCCUUGAGAACAGGCUUUUCCCAUGGGGCAACAAAUUGCAGCCCAAAGGGCAGCACUAUGCCAACAUCUGGCAGGGAGAGUUCCCCACCAACAACACAGCAGAGGAUGGGUACAAGGGGACUGCACCUGUCUCUGCCUUUCCCCCCAAUGGCUUUGGCCUCUACAACAUGGUGGGGAAUGCCUGGGAGUGGACAUCUGACUGGUGGGCUGUGCACCACUCCCCCCAGGACCUUCACAACCCUACAGGGCCAGCCUCAGGCACAGACAGAGUGAAGAAGGGUGGAUCCUACAUGUGCCAUAAGUCCUACUGCUACAGGUACCGCUGUGCAGCUCGGAGCCAGAACACCCCCGACAGCUCGGCGUCCAACCUGGGCUUCCGCUGCGCCGCCGCCGCCCCGGGGCCACGCUGACAGGGGAGGCUCCUGGGCUCAGGAGGGGCUGAUCCCACCCCAGGGAGGAGAAAUGGGAGCAGUGGCCCUUGCUGGUGACACACAGUGGGAAAACCUUGCUUCAAGUUCCUGCUGAGGGAAGGAAAACCAGCACGACUCAACAGCGCUUGAACGUUUGUGUUCAAGAGCAACCUCGUCUGGAUAUAAAUCCUGAGCAGAGCUGGAACCAAACUGAGCAGAAACAUGCCAAUCACGUUUUUAAAGAUUACUUAAUCCCAGAAUUAGCUAGGCUGGAAAAGACCUCCAGAAUUAUUGAGUCCAACCCUUGACUGAUCACCACCUUGUCAACUACAACAGCUCCUCUUUAGACAAGAUCUUUAUUAAUCAGUUUUAUUUAAGUAGAGCUUCUACACUCAAAUGCAAUAAGCAAAGACUUUAUAAACUUAAAGACAGCUUUAAAAGAAAUCCUAGGCAGUUAGGAAAUUCUAGGCAGCUUUGAGAGAGAAUGAAGGAGUCAAGAAUGAGAGCUGGGAGAUGACAGCUCUCCCACAGGCAGCUCACACAGCCCUUUGUUACAUUCCACAAAUCAUGGCCAGAAAUGGGCUUCUUCUGGGGCUGCUCUUUAGAAAGUGCCUUCUGCAGCUGAGGGUGAUGAUCCCCAGGGGGAUGAUGACUAGAAAUCCUGUACAUAUUUGAAUAAAGUGUCAAGCAUUUGUUUA